GACUGUCCCUGGGGGGGUGGACUUCUUAGUCGUCCCCCAGCACCAGGCCCGUUGGGGAUCCCGACUCUCAGGACGCCUCCAGCCAGGGAGUUUCCUCCGCGCUUUCCGAGCCCUGCACUGGUGAACCAAAACUGCAAGGGAAUCCACCAAGGUGACGUUUCCAGAGUGAGGAGGCAGCCCUGGACGCAGCUAUCUGGUUGUUCUAGUCUUCACCUGCUGAAGGAGGUGCUGGGUACUUGGGUAUCAGAGAUGAAUUACGCACGGUUCAUCACCGCCGCGAGCGCAUCAAGAAGGCCUUCCCCCAUCCGAAUCCUCACGGAGAUAUUUAGCAGGGCACCAAAAUCAGUCAUCUCCUUAGCUACUGGAUCACCAAAUCCGAACAUGUUCCCUUUUAAGACUGCUGUCAUUACCAUAGAAAAUGGAAAGACCAUCCAAUUUGAUGAAGACAUAAUGAAGAGAGCACUUCAGUAUUCCCAAAGUGCUGGCAUCCCAGAGCUGCUAUCCUGGCUAAAACAGUUACAAGUAAAGUUGCACAAUCCUCCCACCCUUCAUUAUCCACCCAGCCAAGGACAAAUGGAUAUAUGUGUCACAACUGGCAGCCAAGAAGGUCUUUGUAAGGUGUUUGAAAUGCUCAUUAAUCGUGGAGAUAACAUCCUCUUAAAUGAACCUGUUUAUUCGGGAACACUUGAAGCUCUGCACCCACUGGGCUGCAACAUGAUUAAUGUUUCCAGUGACGAGUAUGGGAUGAUUCCAGACGCCCUCAAAGAAAUACUUUCCAGAUGGAAACCAGAAGAUUCAAAAAACCCCAAGAAAAACACCCCCAAAUUUCUCUAUACUGUCCCCAGUGGCAACAACCCUGCCGGAACCUCAUUAACAAGUGACCGCAAGAAGGAGAUCUAUGAGCUCGCAAGGAAAUACGAUUUCCUCAUAAUAGAAGAUGAUCCUUACUAUUUUCUCCAGUUCAACAAGCCCUGGGCACCGACAUUUCUUUCCAUGGACACUGAUGGCCGUGUUAUCAGAGCUGACUCUUUUUCAAAAAUCCUGUCCUCUGGGUUGAGAAUAGGGUUUAUAACUGGUCCAAAACCCUUGAUAGAGAGAGUUGUUUUACACACACAAGUCUCAACAUUGCACCCCAGCACUUUUACACAGCUAAUGGUAUCGCAGCUUCUUCACCAAUGGGGAGAAGAGGGCUUCCUGGCUCAUGUAGAGAGGGUUAUUGAUUACUAUAGGAAGCAGAAGGAUGCAUUACUGGCAGCUGCAGACAAGUGGUUAAGUGGUUUGGCAGAAUGGCAUGCUCCUACUGCUGGAAUGUUUGUAUGGAUCAAAAUUAAGGGCAUUUCUGAUGUAAAAAAACUGAUUGAAGAAAAAGCCAUUAAGAAAGAGAUAUUAAUGGUUCCUGGAAAUGCUUUCUACAUCGAUAGCUCAGCUCCUAGCCCUUACUUUAGAGCAUCCUUCUCUUUGGCUUCUCCAGAACAAAUGGAUACGGCUUUCCAGAGAUUAGCCCAACUUAUAAAAGAAUCUAUAUGAAGACAUCAAACUCUUCAUAGUACUGGUGGAUUUUCUGGAUAAAUUACUUCUGUGUUUUACCAGCAAGAAAUGAUCAUUGGUUUAGACUUACAGAUCGGGUUUCAUCAGACAUGUCAUAUCUGUAGUCAUUUAAAUAGACAACCUUUAAAGUGCCCUUAAGUCCACCAGAUUGCCAAAAUAUAUUUAUAAUCCACUUACACCUUUUGAUAAAUUUUCAA